AACAAGAUUUUGACUCCUUGAUAGAGCCUAGUUUAUUAGUCAUACCAUCCAAGAUCUACUAUGAAGAGUUGGCUUGGAGGCUAAUGGUGUUAUUGCUUCCUGUGGAGAGAAGCCCCAAAAAUGCUCCACCACCGUUCAAUAUUCACAUGACUCAAAAGCCAUUCCUCACAACCCUUGCUCAAAACUGCAACACCCUAACCCAACUCAAGCAAUUACACGCCCAAAUCCUCCGAUGCCGCAUCCAACAUGCUCCCUACUCCCUCGCCCCAAUUAUCUCCGUCGCAGCAACCUCAAACGACAUGUCGUUUUUCUCUUACGCUCAUUCCAUUUUCCUCCACCUCACUCACCGCAACACUUUCAUACACAAUACCAUGAUCAGAGCCUACCUUCAAUACCAUUCCCCUGUACCCGCACUUUCCUGCUACUCAACAAUGUUGCAAAACGGCAUUGCCGUUAACAACUAUACAUUCCCACCUUUAAUCAAAGCGUGCACUGCACUUAUUUGUUCUUCCAAUUACGCUUCGAGGAGCGCUAUGAUUGGUCGUUUAGUGCACGGUCAUGUCGUUAAAUUCGGACUACCUAAUGACCCUUAUGUUGUGAGUGCGUUUAUCGAGUUUUACUCCGCUUCACGUGACGUGUAUAAAGCGAAGGUGUUGUUUGAUAAAACGACGAAGAAAGAUGUCGUUAUGUGGACGACGAUGAUUGACGGUUAUGGCAAAAUUGGGCACGUUGAAAGUGCAAUAGAGUUGUUUGAUGAAAUGCCUGAGAGAAACGUUGUGUCGUGGAGUGCAAUGAUGGCGGCGUAUUCUCAUGUUAGUGACUUUAAGGAAGUGUUGGCUUUGUUUUUAGAGAUGCAGGAUGAAGGUGUGAAACCGAAUGACUCUAUACUUGUUACCGUUCUUACUGCGUGUGCGCAGCUUGGUGCGCUCACACAGGGAAUCUGGGUACAUUCUUAUGCCAGGAGAUUGGAGCGCUCGAAUCGCAUCCUGGCAACGGCAUUAGUGGAUAUGUAUUCGAAAUGUGGAUGUGUGGAAUCGGCUUUAGCUGUUUUUGAUGGUAUAUCUGAUAAGGAUGUUGGAGCUUGGAAUGCUAUGAUUUCUGGUGUUGCCUUGAAUGGUGAUGUGAAGAAAUCGUUGGAGUUGUUUCAACAAAUGGUUGUUUGUGGGAAUCAACCUAAUGAGACGACCUUUGUGGCUGUCAUUACUGCCUGUACACACGCAAAGAUGGUUCGGCAAGGUCUUCGGUUAUUUGAAGAGAUGAGUGUCACUUACGGAGUUGAGCCGUGUGUGGAGCAUUACGCGUGUGUAGUGGACCUUUUGUCUAGAGCUGGGAUGGUGGAGGAAGCCGAGAGGUUUAUCGAGGAGAAGAUGGGUGGAUUUGCAGCUGGGGACCCUAAUGUGUGGGGUGCUAUAUUGAAUGCUUGUAGAAUUUAUAAGAAUAUUAAUGUUGGCAAUAGAGUGUGGAAAAAGCUGAUUGAUAUGGGAGUAAGUGAUUGUGGUACUCAUGUUCUUACAUACAAUAUAUAUAGAGAAGCCGGGUGGGAUGCAGAGGCAAAUAGAGUAAGGAGUAUGAUUUCAGAAGCAGGGAUGAAGAAAAAACCUGGAUGCAGUAUAAUAGAGGUGGGUAAUAAAGUUGAAGAGUUUCUUGCUGGUGAUCAAUCUCAUCCACAAGCACAAGAAAUGUGCAGGUUGCUUGAUUCAAUUCUCAAGAUGGCAAAUUUCAAGCACAUCUAAUGGGAUUCAAGAACACUAAUUCCUGUGGAAAUCUUCUGCUGAUAAUAGGCCUUUUGAUAUUGCGUUUGAGCCUUUCUACUCUGGAACCAAGCCUAAGUUCAGCUAUAUUUCUUUUGACGGAAUGUUGUUUAGUGAUGCUUGAAUUUGGUUGACUGAACCACAUAUCAGGCAUGUAAUCAUCUGCAUUUCGUACCAAGAAUUCAACAUCUAUCUUAUCCAAAGACAGGUUCAUUUUUGCCAAAUUUUCUAGCAAAAGGAGCAUUGGUGUCUACCAUUCUCUGGGAGUCUUUUACAUUAAGUAAAUGCAGGUGUUGUUUUGGAGGGUUGUCCCAUGAAUACAAUGGAGGUCAUGGUUCACAGUAGUGUUACGAAACUGCUCGGCAUUGCAGUGAUUGUGUGAAAGUAUCCUCAGAGGAGGACAGAAAGUUUGCAUAAUACAUUUUGACAGUUCUUGGCAAGUUAACCAACCCCAUAGACAGUAUUCAAGAAAGGGUGAGAAAAGCAUCAUCCACGCAGAACCUGGCAAAAUCAAGAAUCAAAGUUUAAGAACAUGGAAAUCGGGAGCUGGAAUUACUGCUUAUGAGUUUCUUUCUCCAGAUUUUCCUAUAGUUAUUUGUUACUUAAUUUCAGAUUCCAGUAACUCCUGAUCUCAUGCAACAGAUUUGUUGUAUUCCAAUAUAUUAAAAAGUCUUACAUUAUUUGAGAA